AUGGCUCUUAAAAAUAACAAGAUACCAGAAGAUGAUGGAAUAAGUUUAAAAAUACAAUCCUUGUACUGUUUUGUACAAUUGAGAUUUAUAGUUAUAUUUAUUCAGUUAUAUUUAUUAUCAUUUAAGAAAAAUAAUUUUUUCUUUAAUAUUUUUGUUGAGCCUGUAAAAAUGGUUAAACCAGUAACACACGUUCUGUUUGAUAUGGAUGGUUUAUUACUAAAUACUGAGGACUUGUAUACAGUAGCAUUUCAGAAUAUUGUUUCACAAUAUGGAAAAGAAUAUACAUUUGAUUUAAAAUUGAAAGUAAUGGGGUUUCAUUCACAUGAGACUGCACAGACAAUUGUUUCAGAGUUGGAAUUACCAAUGACACCAGAGGAAUUUAUGACUGAAAGUAAAAAACAGUUUGAAGUUCUGUUUCCAGAUGCAAGUUUAAUGCCAGGUGCUAAGAGACUCAUAGAGCAUUUACAUAAAAAAGGUGUACCAAUGGGACUAGCAACCAGUUCUAGUGAGGAAAGUUACCACUUGAAAGUGGAUAAACAUCAUCAAGAAAUAUUUUCCCUACUACCAUUUAAAACAUUUGGUGCUUCAGAUCCAAAUGUUAAAAGAGGAAAGCCACAUCCGGAUAUAUUUUUGGUUGCUGCAUCUAAAUUUUUAGAUCAACCAAAUUGUGAGCAGUGCUUAGUGUUUGAAGAUGCUGUCAAUGGUGUGAAAGCUGCAAGAGCAGCUGGUAUGCAAGUUGUAAUGGUUCCUGAUCCUCGAAUUAAUAAGAGCUUGACAGAAGAAGCUACUAUUGUUUUACAAAGCUUGGAACAUUUUAAACCAGAAGUAUUUGGAUUACCUCCUUUUGAAGAUUAAAAAAAUUGUAAUAAUAGAUAAAUAGAAUUCAUCUAUACAAAUAAAUAAAAUUAAAAUGUC